UUCAUCAAUAGUCAAAAAAGCAUUCUUGUUUUUAUUAAAAUCAGGGGUGAGGAUGUGCUAGGUGGUUUCACCUGCUGUUUGGGUAAUGCAUUUUGUGUGCAACAUGUAAAUAUUAUGUUUAUUUUGAACACUGUCUUUUUUUUUUUCUUCUGCAGGAUGUUUCUGGUAGUUCAGUUUAUAGAUGAACAAAAAUCUGUGUCUGUUAUACCACAGAAUUGGUACAGUGAUGGCACAACCUUUUGGCCAAAUUAUACGAGCGAUCAAAGACUCAACAAAGCAGCAAGAUAUGCUGAGGAACCAGGCCCAGACUGGACCAAGCACGAUGUUAGAGUACUAAAGUCCUACGGAGAUUACAUGUCUGCAUGGCAAGGGAUGAAGAAGUCUUUGAUUUGUCAAACUUCAGAAUUGGAUACAGAUGGUGAGGAGGAUAUAGGCAGGGUGAAAAGAGCAACUAAACCAAUCCACUACUAUGGUGACACUGACUAUGAAAGUGAACAUGAAGACUUGGCUAAGAAAACAAAAGUUCCCUUGACAAGAUCUUCAAAACCUCAACAGUCAACUGGACCUCGCAUGUUAUCCCCACAUUCUGCACCUCAGGUACCAUCACCACCUUUACCUUGUCGCUCACCACCACAUUCUUCGCUUCAGGUGCCACCUCCUUACCAGUCACUAUUGCUCUCUGAAAAUGCAUCUCAACAAAUUUCCAGGAACCUUCCAAAAAUGCAAAAUACUUCUGAACUCUUCAGGCCUACUUACAGAGUGGGUCGAUGUGGAACAGAACCAAUACCUUGCAAUGGAUGUUCUUUUAACGUGUAUGAGAGUUGUGUUUGCUCCAAAGUGCAGGAGUAG